CAAUAUAUAUUUAACAUCCCUAAUUUCGGAAAGUCGUGCAUUAAUUAAACGCGUGGAAAUUGUGCUUAAAACAACUAAAUAAAUUGAGGGAAAUAGUUAAAAGCAUAGUAUGCGAUGGCGGCAAUCGCAUCACUAUGAAAUUUAACUGUGAAACGUGUACUAAACGUUCCAAACAGCGCCGCGACAUUAUUUAAGUGCUCUAAAUCGAAAAUGUUCAAUGGAAUUAAAAACAAGUGCCCAAGUGUAUGCAAAUUGUAUUUGUAUUUUAAAAAGCAAACGUGAGAAGAGUUUUGUGCGCCAAAUACGCAAAAAUUAGAAAUCAAAGCUUGCCUUGCCGUCGAAUUAAACAGAGUUGUGAAAAAUGAAGUGAGACCGCCAAUGAACAAAAUAAACGCAACAACAACGAAAUAUUGUUUAUGUAAAAUACAUUAUAUCAAACGGAUAAGAAGUCGCAAUAUACAACGACGGACAACGAGAUUAACCGGAGAUAAUAGUGGGUGCAAAAAAGCAACGGAAGCAGCAGAAACGACGACGCUGAAGAAUAUCAAAUCGCGCACAGUUAUGGUUGUAAUGGCUAACAAUGUAAUGUGGCACAGUGUUGGACACCGUCUAUGCAAUUCGAACGCGCACCACCAACCAUUACCGUUAGGAGUCAGUCUGCAGCAGACCAGCAGUGCCAGUACCAGAGCCGGCGACGAAGAAAGCAUUUCUGGUUAUGCAUUAGGCCCCCAAUACUUUGGGGGCACGCCGAACCAGCUACAGCUACAGCUCCAGCAUCAGCAGCAACAUGACUGCAUUGCCAGUGAAGUAGUGUUGUGAAACGACAAAGCGCGAACCGAACUCAACUAAGCGAGUAAUCUGAACUUAAAGCAGCCCCUCUCUACACAAAAAUAUAUCUAAUUUUAGUUAAUAAAGCGAUCUAAACGCAACCCAGAACACAGAAGAACCAUGCCCACGCACGACACAGUCUUCGUGGAGCCGGCCGCUAGCAGUAGCGGCAGUGGAAGUGUCAGCAGCACGAGUAGCAGCAGCAGCAUGAGCAGGGUCGGGGGUGGCCCUCAGCAUGCGCCUCCGCACAUUGUCAUCGAUGGCAGUAGCCUAUCCACGCAGGCGCAGCUGCAGCGCAUCAUGCACCGUAGAAUGUCGAUAAGCACGCGCCAGAUACUCAGCGCCAGCCAAAGCCAGCCCCAGCCGCCACCCUCUACCCAAAAAUACGCCGUGCGUACCACAGCCACGGGGGCAGCAUCGGGAGCCGGUGGCUCCACGCAGGAGCUGAUCAAUCCCCAGAUCUAUAAGAUUGUGACCACUGACGGCAGCACCAGCAACGUCAUUAUCGAUGCCGGAGCUGCUGCCCCGCCACACAACUCCAAGCUGCUUCUCAGCAAUCUCACGGUCCUGUCCAAGCAGGCACCUGGGACGCCUGGCACCCAGCAGCAGCACCAGCUCAAUUAUCUGGGCGCCAAGAAUUUGCCGUAUGUCACGGCUUCGCCUGCAAAGGGACUGCAGCAGCAGCAGCAACAGCAGCCCCAGAAAUUCGGCAGCAUUAGUGCGUUUAAGGCACAGCAGCAGCAGCAGCAGAACCAACAGCAGGCCACAUUGCAGAAAGUGACACUGGGAUCGCGGGUGGCCACCCGCCUGCAGUCGUAUGUCCCGGUUAGCCAGCACUCGGCGAAUCCGCCUCAGAUAAUUGUCCAGCCGGCGCAGCCCAAGUAUGUGAAUGCCACGGCGACGACUGUGGCGAAUGCUGCGCUCCUAAAGAAAGCUAAUCAGAAGAUCACGGUCAAGAGCGUGGGCAACAUGCUGCAGCAACAACAGCAGCAGCAACAACAACAACAACAACAACAAUUGCAGGCACAACAGCUGAAGAACUUCAUUUCGCUCCACCAGCAGCAGCAGCAGCAACAGCAACAUCAGCAGCAGUCCUUCAAGGCGGGAACCAAGACAAAGUUUGUGAAACAGUCGACGUCCCUGUCUAUAGCUGCCUUACCCCAGCAGCAGCAGCAGCCGCAGCACCAAAUGAGCUAUGCCAAGCAGGGAAUGACCCUGUCUACGCCAACGAAGGUCACAAAACUGAACAGCAAGUAUCUGCAGCAGCAAAUAAGUUUGCCGCAGGGAACGCAGCUGCAGCACAAAACUUCAGCGACGAAUACCACAGCCGCCGGAUAUCUGCUGCAGCAGCAGCAGCAGGGGCAGGGCCAGGGAUCGGGACUAACGACCAACGCUGGCACCAUUAAGUUUGUCAACUCGCAUGGCACCGUCAUCCAGCAGCAUCCGCAGCAGCAUCAAUUGCAGGCGAUGCAGAAGCGCACCCACUACAACAGCAGCGGCAGCAGCGACAACGAACAACACUCGGACAGGACUUCGUCCUCGCUGGUCACCGACGACGUGGUGAUCGUCAAUGGCACCCAGAUGACGGACGAGCUCUCGGCGCGCAUUCUGCAGAGCAUGGCCCAGAAGUCCUACAGCCAGCAGCAGCAGCGCUCUUAUCAGACGCCUGGUAGUGGCAGUGGCAGUACCCAAAUGCCGCCCCCCACCCAAAUAAUAUAUAGCAGCAGCAGCAGCAGCAACAACAACAACAACAACAGCAGCAAUGGAGGAGGGGUUACAGUGGCCAACAGUGCAGCAUCCCCGUCGGGCGGGGCCAAUCCGGCUGGAAAUCUACUGCUGACGCACUUCCAGACAUCCACGAAGGUUACGUCGCCAUCGUUUCUAGCGGUGGGGGCGAAUCCGCCCGUAAGUCUAGCCAGCACACCCUCGGUUAGCAUAUCGUCGCAUGGAUUUGCGAGCGGCAGUGCUGCCAUCUCCUCCUACAUGUCAUCCGCCACGGCGGCGCGACGUCAAUCAGUGAGUGCACCCAGCAGUCGAGCAGCUUCCCUGGAACGAAAGCAGCAGCAGCACCAACAAAAACAACACGAUGCAGCGAUAGGCAGUGUGCGCAAAGCACCCACUGUAAUCGAGUAUUACAACAAGCAUAGCAUCGGCAACAGCAGCAUCAUUACUGGCAGCAGCAGCAAUAAUCAAAUCGGAAGCAAUCAAAUGGGAAAUACAAUGACCAAAGUUGGCAGCACAGUAGGGCAAAUUAUUGGGAACUUUACUGGAAGCAAUCGCACCAGCAGCAAUGGACCAUCGACCAUCACAACUACGAAUAUUCCAGCAUCGCCUGUUCAUGUACAGCCCAUUAGUGCCACAAAUGUCCCGGAAGAGGGGGCACCGCCCUCGCCCUUAUCCUCGCCAGCGGCAGCAAUGAAGGCCACUCCUCCAAUCCUGCAGCAGCAGCAUCAGCAACCGCUUCAACCGCAGCUGGGUCCGAAUCAGGACGAGGAGCUGUUCAUUGAGGAGGUGCGUCCAGUGCCUGUGCAGACACAGGAUCUCCGUUUGCAGCAGGUGCACGCCAUCACACAGGAUCAUACCUACGCCUCGCAACAGCAGCUGCCACAGCAGCAGACGCAGGCGGCGGCGGCGGUGGCGGCGGCAAACACAGCGGCAGCCACAACUGGAUCGGGAUCGGCACAGCCGCAGCAAUGGUCGCUGGGCGGCAUUGGAGCGACAGUGGUUGGUGGGGCAGCGACACCCACACCUACAGCAGGCGGCUAUGGCAAUUAUGGCGCCUAUGGUCAUCAGAUGGCUCGCCAUGUAACGGACGAUGAUGCACACUCGGCCAUCAGCAGCAGUUCUCGCUUGGGAUUGGCCGGCAUCGACAUGGAUCCGGGCGAGGAGACGGAGACAGCGCCCGAGGCGGAGGCUGAAGAUGAUUCUGUUACGCGCUGCAUUUGUGAUCUGACCCACGACGAUGGCUACAUGAUUUGCUGCGACAAGUGCUCGGUGUGGCAACAUGUGGACUGCAUGGGCAUCGAUCGCCAGAACAUCCCCGAGUUCUACAUGUGCGAACUGUGCGAGCCGCGUGCCGUCGACAAGGCCAGGGCCAGGGCAUUGCAGCGCCAGAAGCGCCGAGAGCACAUGCUGUUGGUGGCCACGCAGGCGGCAAAUGGAGCUGCCGCCAUUGCAGCGGGUACUGCAGUGGCUGGUGGCAUAGCUGGAGGAGGAUUACUUUCCGCUGGAGCUGGAGCUGGAGCUGGUCUUGCCAUUUCGGAGGACAACCAGCAGCAACAUCGUCUGACAUCGGGUCUGAAUGGAGGAUAUGCCACGGGCACCGGCAUGUCGAAAAAGUCCAAAAAAACCAAAGAUGGCACCACGGGAUCAGCUUCGCUCAAAAAGAACAAGAAGAGCGGAGGCACUGGGGGCGAUAAGAACAGCAGCAUCAAUCCCGGUGUCAGUGGCGGGAAGACUAGCAAGAAGAGCAGCAAACGUAAGUGCAAGUCCGGCGGAGACGGAGCCGGAGGCAGUGGCAGUAGUCCCGCUCUGACCGCGGCCGAGAAGCACGCCGCCAAUCUGCGGCUGUGGAUCGAGAACUACGAGUACGCGGUAACGAAUCACUACUCCCCCGAGCUGCGGGCCCGCUUGCAUGCCAUACAGAAGCAGCCGAGUCUGCUGCAGAGCAUCCAGAACACGGAGAACAAGGCCCUGCGACAGAUCCAGAUCUCGAGUGCCGCCAGCGAGCUGGAGCAGCGGGCCCAGCUCAUACCCUAUGCGGGGGCCAAGGUGCUCAUCAGCAGCGUCGACCUGUCCCCACACGCGCCCAUCCACGAGCUGCGCGGCAAGUACAUGCUCACCACCCAGUUCCGCACCCAGAAUCCCACCGUCAACAUGAACACACCGCCGCCUAGUAACUAUCUGAACAGCUUCAAGGCCCACAAGACGCCCGGACAGUUUGUGUUCUUCUACCAGUUGCCCGGCGUGGAGGCCCCCAUGCAGACGCUGCGCCCGGACGGAAGCGCACCCCAUGAGCAGCAGCAACCGCCCGCCUAUUUAAAGGGGCCGGAGGUGUGCGUGGAUACGCGCACCUACGGCAACGAUGCGCGCUUCGUACGCAGAUCGUGCCGCCCCAAUGCCGAGCUGCAGCACUAUUUCGAGAAGGGAACGCUUCACCUGUACAUUGUGGCCUUGACGCACAUCCGAGCCCAGACGGAGAUCACGGUGCGUCACGAGCCUCACGAUUUGGCUGCCGUGGAGCAAAAGAAGUCCCAUGCCGCCGUCAUACAACCGACGAGCACGCGAUGCGCCUGUGACCUGGGAACCGAUUGUCUCUUUGCUCUGCCACUGGCCGUGCAGCAACAACUACAGGCGCCGCCCGCUCAGCCACGGAGCAGUCAUCGCAACAAGGCCGCAGCUGCAGUGGCGGCAGCCAACAGUGCAGCAGCCAUUCAGCUGACGAUGGGCCUGGGACUAAGCACUGGAGCCGGAGGAGUAGGGCCCAAUUCCAGGAAUCGUUCGACCUCGUCCAGCGGGGAGAGCAGCCAAAUGGGGCUCAACAGUCCGCAGCUGAGCCAACUGAAUAUUGGCUUUAAGCCAUCGCCUGCUGCCGCCUGCCUCCAGAACACGCCGCCUGUUGUUGCUGCCGUCCUGUGCAGCAGCAGCGGAGGCAGCAGCAGCAGCAACAACUCCUGUUCGGUGUCCAUGUCCAGUGUGCUGCACGACUCGGGCAUAUGCACAUCGUCUUCGUCGCCAUCGGUGUCUAUUCCCUCGCCGACUCCCAUCCAGCUGCAGUCGCCCACAUUGCAGCAGCAGCAGCAGCAGUCACAUAUACAGAUUGGAGCACAGCCUGCACAGCUGUCUCUGCUCCAACGCAGUCCCACACAGCAGCAACAACAGAUUCUGGCCUCUCUGCCCACGCCCAUGCUGCUGUCGCCUCAGUUGCAGGUGGUUCCAUCGCCACAGCAGCAGCUGCAGCAAGUUGUGCUGCCCCCCACACCACAGCAGUCAUCGCUUUUGCAGCAGCAGCAUCUUCAACAGGAGCCUCUGGCUGUUAUAGCAGCAGCGGCGGCAGCCCAGCGACCCAUGGCCACUUAUUUUGUCCAGCAGCAACAACAAUCGCCGCAGCGGCAUGUAGUACAGAAACUUGUGUCACCGCAACAUCAGCAAGUGCAACAAACGUUUCUUAAACAGCAACAGAGACAGCAACAACAGCAGCAACAGCAGCAACAGCAACAACAGCAACAACAGCAGCAGCAGAAGCAACAACAACAGCAGCAGCAGCAACAGCAACAAAUGGCUGACGAGGCUCGAAUGGCAGUCAGUGCUCUGCAAACGUUGCAUGCCACACCCACUUCGCAUAUUGUAACGCCCAUUAAAGUGAUAGCCCCACAGCAGCAACAGCAGCAGCAGCUUCCAAUGCUGCCACAGACGCUGUUGCAACAGCAGCAACUGAAUCAGCAUCAGCAACAAUUACAACAGCAGCAGCACCAGCACCAACAACAACAGCAGCAGCAGUCACCGCAACAACAACAGGUCAUCUAUUCGACCAUUCAGGUGACACCGCCAACCAAAGUACUCACUGUGAAGAGUGUUCCAACGGCUGCGAACAACAUAAGUAUCUCUAAUCCUUCGCCUGCUCCACCGGCUGGCACAAGGAAAACCCCCAUCAGGCAGCAGCAGCAGCCGCAGCAACAGCAGCAGGUAGCACCACCAGCUGCAGUUGUAGAUGUCUCGCCAACAGCUGAAUCUAAAGAGGACGACGGACCCAGUGACACGCCGCCUCCACGCACAGCGGCCAAGGAUGGUAAGAAGCCAUCACGAGAGGACCGCAAGCUGGCGGCCAUAAUACGGGCCAUUGACAACAUGGAGAAGCGGGAGGCACGCGGUAAAAAGGAGACGCGCCAAAGCAGUGGCAAGCGGCAGGCAAGCAAUUCGCCUGCCUCGCCCUGCGGCAAGCGGCGUAGGUCCAUCUCGAUCAGUGAAGAUGCCGAGACUCCGACGGGCAUCAAUUCGGGUGUAACGGCGGCAACGCCGCAGCGCAGGAAUCGAAGGAAGCGCAAUGUCAGUCGCAGCUACAACAACAACAACGGACUGAACAACAAGCGCCGGAAGAGCGUCCUGGUGGAGUCCGAUUGCGACUCACAUGCCAUGACCAACUCUGAGUCCGAAGACCACGUGCAGCAGCAGCAACAGCAGCAUCCCCACCAUCAGACAGUGGAUCAGGCGGCUGGCCUGCUUCUGGCUUUGGCACACAACACAUCCUCGGCAAGCGACUCCUUCAAGUCGCCCACACCCCAGUCGCAGCAGGGCACCCCGGCUUCCGUGAGCAGCGCCUGCCUGUUGAUUGAGGCCGCCAUGGGACCGUUGGAACAGCCGCUGCAGUCGCCGGCAGCCAUGUCCUCGCCCGCCUCAAUGGGGGAGUUUAAGUUUCCACCAGGCGGGGCCAAGACCAAGAAGACACUCAUGUCCAGCUGGUUCCAGCAGGCGGAGCAAUGCGAAUCGCAGCAGUCCGGACUGGACAGCCUUGUCCAGGCGGCCAUGUGUGAAAUCAACGGUGAGAGGGAGCAACUGCAGCAGCAGGCUCAAUCCUCGCCGGCCCCGGCUCUCCUAAAGGUGGAGCAGUUCAUCCACCAGGCGGAAUCGACCACCACCUCAGCCCCACAGUCGACACCCAGGGAGCAGCUUCACCUCCCUCUGCAAAAUAAUUCGUCGGUGAAGAAGCGCUGGCUGCGUCAGGCCAUUAGCGAGGAGACCACCCCAGAUCCAGAUGAGGGGCUCCAGCAGCAUCUGCAGCAGCAAUCCCCUGCUGCCGCCACGCACGCACCACAAGUGCAUGUCGCCUCGCCGCUGGCCAACGGAUUCAGCACGCCGCUGAAGAAGCGUCGCUUGGUGAUCAGCAACGGAGCCACAAACACAGCUGCAUCCAAUGUGGAGACGGAUGAGCCGCACAUCGAUGUGAUUGGUGAUGCCAAGGAUACCGAUGCCAUGGACGAAGUGGAUGUCGUUGUGCCACUGAAGGUGGAGACGGAAACAGAGCUGCUGGAUGUGCAGAACCACAUUCACAGCCACAGCCACAGUCACGGCCACAACCAUCAUCUGCAUCACCAGGAGCAAGAUGAUGAUGUGGACAUAUUGCGUUCGCCCAGUCCUGGGGCCCAGCAAAUCGUAGCCGAAGACAAUCUGGUUAAGAUCGAGCCGGAGGACACCAGUGCGGCGGCCGAUGAUGUCAAGAUCGAUGUUGAGCGCGAGGAGAGUCAGGCGUGCGACAAGUUCGAGGAGAUGGUGAAGGUGAAGCGCGAGGAGGAGGAGGAGCGUGAGAAAAAGGAACUUCGCGAGACUCAGCAGCAACCGCUGUCCCAGCCACAGCCCCAGCCCCAGGUUCAGCCGCAGCUGCAAGAAGAGCCAAAACUGGAGGCCAAAGUGGAGGCUCCGAAAGUGGAGGCAGCACUAAAGGUGACGUUAUUGGUGGCCAAGCCAGAGACGGAGGCACCCAAGUUGGAGCAGCCGAAAAUGGAGCCCAAGCCUGGAGAGUCUCUGCUGCGCAGCACAGCUAUAGCCACAGCGGUCGCAUUAGCAUCAGCUCCUGGAGGGGCCAUCAAUUCCCGUCCGCUAACCCUCAAGUUGAAGGAGGAGCUGCCAAAGAAAGCAAAACGGGAGGCAACACCUCCUCCAACGCCCCAGCCCCAGCCACCAAUCAAGCUAGCAGAAGUGGCAGUAACUACAUUGCCGACCGUUGCACCAGCAGCAUCAGCAAUCCCAACACCAACAGCUCCACUGGCAGUACCAGCUGCAUCUGCAUCGAACAGCAGCACCAAAAGUCUCACCGAAAUUGAUAUCCAGAAACGUUUGCUGUCCUUCCAUGAGCAGAACAUUUUCUAUUUGCAGUCAAGGAAUAAGAAGGCGGCAGCAGCCGCUGCAGCGGCUGCGGGGGCGGUGGCAUCAUCGUCGACAACUUCCAGCAACAAGAGCAACAGCGUCAGUGGGCCAGAUACCAAAAAGUCAUCGUCCAAAGAAAAGGAUGAGAAGCGCGAGAAGGACAAACAUACGAAGAAGUCCAAAAAGGAGAAGAAAAAGUCCAAGGAUAAGGAUAAGCAGAAGGCUGCAGCCACUCACACGGCAUCGCAAAUAGUUGUUGAGCAAAAGAAGAAACAACAGCAGCCACAGGCGGCCCCACGUCCAGACACCAAAGCCUCCCCAGCCAUAGCUCCAGUUGCAACGACAGCUGCUGUAGCAGCUGCCGCUCUUCCGGUGGCUACAGCCAAUGGCAAGACAAAGCACAUCCCUCACACACCCAACAACAGUGUGGAGCAGCAGCAGCAACAACAACAGAUGCGUCGUCGCACCAUGUCCAUGUGCGUGACACCCGUCACCCCGGCUCUUGCAGCGCUGCCCACUUCAUUGCUGGCUCCGGCAACGACAAAGAAACGCCAGACCAACUUUGAGCAGGAGCUGACCAAACCGAACAGUCAGAUUCUGAGCAGCAGCAUUCUGCUAAACAGCAGCAAGGCACAGGGCACCCCCGCGGCCACGGUCAUAGCCACAGCCGCUCCGAUGGUCGUGCAACAGCAGCAACACCGCAAGGAGAACAACCACCAUGAGGCGAAUCCCGUUGGUGGUGCCAUGAGCCUGGCUGCGGCCAUCGCCAGUGGAAAGCUGCCAUCUAUCAGCCGCAGGAGGGAGUCCAUGUGCGGGAGUCGGCAGCAGGCGGCGCUCAUACAGGCAGCACUCUUGAUCAAGAAGGAAAAGAAGGAGAAGAAGUCAAAGAAGAAGGAUCGCGAGAAGCGGAAGCAGGAGAAACAGGAGAAGCAAAAGAGCAAGGAGAAGGAACGCGAAAAGGGAAAGGAGAAGGAAACCAAGCAAAAGGUCAACAAUAACACUCAACAGAAGCCACCCACUCCCACUGCUAUUCCCAUUCCCACUGUGGACACACACGUCACUCCGACACCGACACCGAUACCAAAGGCUGCCCCUAUCCCAGUAUUGAUUACCCAGCCCAUUCCAGCUCCCAGCCUAUCACAGGGCCUGGCCUCCAAAAUGCCGCUGCCCUACUACAACACCAUCUACGGCAAGCUCCAAGACCCGCCACCAGCCACCAGCAGCAGUAGCAUCAGCAGUAGCAGCAUGCCUAGCCUGGCCGAGUACCUGGCAUCCACGAAAGCAAAGGCGGCAACCACACCUACGCCAACGCCCAUGCCCACACCAGUGGUCCCCACCCUGGCAGUAGUGAAGCCUAGUCCAGGAGCAGCAGUCACGCCUGCCUUGUGCGCUAGUCCCGUCGUUACUUCGUUGGACAUGCCGCCGCCAGCAACGACGCCGCUCAAGAUAUACACGCGCACAGCCAAUUGCGAUCCUCGCCUGAAUCCCAUGCUCACGCAGCCCGAGCCCGCACCCAUGCCCAAGCGAAAGCUCUCCAUCAGCGAGUACCGCAUGCGGCAUCGUCCAUCGGUGGACACGCCCAGUCCCACCACUCCAACCACGCCCACAUCCAUUAAUAUUGGGUUUGCACAGCCGCAGACAAUCAACAAGGGCGUGCUGCAGUCGCCAGAGCGUUACCAGGCAGCCAUACGAGAGCGCCGCAACUCAAUCAGUGUGCACCAUCACCAGAACAUCAACAGCAGCCUCAACAACAACUCAACCCCUAGCAAGGGAAGUGCCAGUGUGACUGGGACUGGGACUAUCAGUGGCAGCAGCAGCAGCAGCAGUCUCAAGAAUCUACAGCAAGUGCUGGGUGUCGGCGUCUCGGGCGGAGGACAGAUUAAGAAGCUACCGUCCGCUGCCACCACUCUGAGCAAUGUAAACACAAUCCUGAGCACGGCCCAGAAGCUGAACAUGUUCGAUGACAAGCCAAAGAUGGAACAGCGGGUGACUCCUGUUGGCACCACUACCAAAUAUCAGCUUAUCCCUGGUGCAGGAGGACACUUCAAUGCGGCACCCACACUUCUCGAGCAGCAGCAGGAAAAGAUGAGUGAACGCUCACGCUUCAUGCAGCGGACAAUUUCCUGCGACUCGCGGGUGAUUGAGCGGAUGGGUGCCGUCGGAGGUCCGAGCUCCACGAAGGUCAAUGAGAAGGUGACUGCCGCGGGAGGUAGGCGGGAUGGCAUCUGAGACGACGGAAACACGUAAGAAAAAAUCAAACUAAGACGGAUAUCUAACAACUCCAACAAGAAUAUCGAUCAUGAGAAAUGGGUGACGAAAUCAAAUCAUUUUCCACGUUACAGAUUCGCUUUUCUUACACGAAACCAACAACAACAGCAAAACUAUCAUUCUUUUUGUUUUAAACGCUUUAAAUAAUAUAAAGAAAAUUAUGCAUUAAAAUAGAUAUAUAUAUAUUCGCAUAUAGAUAUAGUCCGUGAUGUGGGUGCAAUCAAUUCAGAAAAACAAAAAACAAGAUCCAAUAUAAUCCACACUCAAUGUAAAUAAUGAAUCGGAAUAGCUUGCAAAGCAAACAAAAAGAAAAAAAACAACAAAAUGAAAAGAAACGAAACGAACUAAACCACAACAAAAUAUAGAAAAAACACUUUCUGAUACACUAAUUAGUUAAUUAAUGUCUCGUUUUUGUCACAGAAAAGAA